AUGGCUCAGACACCGGCGCUGCUCACUGAGCAGCAGUGCUCGUACUGCAAGACCAAGAGCGACGACAAGUUGUCACUAUGCACUGGAUGCAGAGUAGUGAGAUACUGCUCGAAAGAGCAUCAAGCAACACACUGGCCCACGCACAAGUCGCAAUGCAUUCCGGUGAAGAGAGCUCGCGUUCUCAUGGAAAAGGAGGAAACCAAACUUCGCAACUUUCCUGGUGACUGGACGACGCCGGCCAAUCCAUUCAAUGAGCCCGGUCACUUCUGGGGCUGGUUGGAGACGAGAGAUUUCAUGCGCGCAAAAUCCGGCUACAUCCACACGAUCCGCGAAAUCCGAACUCGCGAAGCAAUCACCAUCGCCCACGCCGAAACCAUGGACGUCUUCCGCCUCAACCGCAGCGACAACAUGGGUAUGCGAGGCUCGGCACCCUCCCUCAUGAUGCGGCUAGGCAAGGACCAGGAAGCAUACGACUUCAUCAAGUGGUACGCCACAGCGGACCCUGAUGGCCAUUACGAUUGGGGCGACAUGGCCCUGCCAUUCCUGAACUUGCGCGGUGAGAAUGUAUUCGAGUCUGUUGGGGUGUUGAAGGUGAGCGAGUACUCGCUAGAGUUCAGCCAUACUGUCGCUUUGACGUUGAUUAAGUUACGACUACUGCUGGAUUUGCACUCUCUCAAGAGAUCUUCCACGAUCGCCGACAAACUACCUCAGGAACUGUUGGAUCGAAUCCGCGAGGAGCUUGUCAGCGAUGUCGUCGCAGUCCACCAGGAGAUUCUGGAAGAAGUGAGGAAUGGCGUCGACAUCUCUCCACGAAUACGAGAGGUGGAAGGCCAGGUGAAUACCCUCUUCAACACCGUCAAGAAGGCCAACUCCCAUUUCUGGCCAGCUAUGGCGAAACCUGGCAGAAACUUGACUGCACAGCCGGAGUAUUACAGUAGAGGUACUGUGGAGGAGAUGCAGGUCUAUCUCCAGGCUAACUAUGCUGCUUGGGAGGAGACGCCAGGUGCUAUUGCGUGGGUGAAGGAGCGGUUGAGUCGAAGGGCAUGA